CAAUAAUGAUGAUUCUAAUAAUGAACCUGAUUUUCUUCCCGCAAAACUAGUAAAGUACAAACAAAAACAAAAACAAAGAUAUAGUGGUAAUAUCAGUUAUUCAUUAGUUUUAAUCGAGCAAAUUGAACAGCUUCUUUUGAUUGAGAUGAUGAUG